UACUGCAGGAUUACUAUGGCUUUAGCUUCUCUUGUCUUAGUUCGUAGAAUGGAAGGCUUUUUCCAUGCACUAUUUUUUCUCAUCAAUCUACUAUAUGUGAUGUCCGCCGCCUGGUGCACCGCCACUGCCGCCGCCGGGAUCAAAGAAGCUGCAUCCGACCGCGCCGCCCUCCUCUCCUUCAAGUCGCUCAUUGACGACGAUCCGUUCGGAGCGCUCUCCUCGUGGAACAACGGCUCUCUCCACUACUGCAGGUGGCGCGGUGUCUCCUGCGGCCGCCGCCAUCCCGACCGGGUCACGGCCCUCGACCUCAAGUCUCUCCGCCUAGCCGGUUCCGUAUCACCCUCCGUAGCCAACCUCACAUUCAUCCAAAGGAUCGAGCUGUCCGACAACAAGCUAGACGGAAGCAUCCCGGAGGAGCUAGGAAGCCUACGCCGGCUGCGAUAUCUCAACCUGAGUGUGAAUUCUCUUCGCGGAAUGAUCCCGUCUUCUCUAGGCAAUUGCUCUAAUCUUCGACUACUCAACUUGAGAUGUAAUAAGCUCAACGGUGAGAUCCCGCCAACUCUAUCGCGUCUUUCCAAUCUUAGAGAGCUUCGCCUGAGUUGGAACACGUUACAAGGGACGAUCCCAGAUUCACUUGGGAAUCUUUCUUCUCUACUCUCUCUUUCUUUAGGUAACAAUAGCUUGUCAGGAGCCAUGCCUCCAUCCUUCGGUGGCCUUCUCUCGUUGAAGAUUCUUGAAAUCCAAGAGAAUAGUCUCACGGGAACCAUUCCGCCCAGUCUCACAAAUCUCUCCGCUCUGAACGUGCUUGCGCUACGAAGAAACAAACUUCAUGGUGAAAUUCCCCAUUUUGCAGAACUCCCAUUCCUCUCUUACCUGGACUGCUCUUAUAAUUAUCUUUCCGGGACGAUCCCAAUUUCGCUCGGACAACUUUCAUCUCUCAAAUAUCUCAUUCUCGGGAUGAACAACUUAACAGGGGAAAUACCGUCAUCCCUUUACAAUCUAUCAUCCCUGAAGGGCUUAGAACUCAUUUAUAACCAGCUCGAGGGAACUCUACCCUCCAAUAUCGGAAAUGCUCUUCCGAACCUUCAAGUCCUUCGUAUGUAUGGAAAUCAGCUCGGGGGGCAAAUUCCAGCAUCCUUGUCCAAUGCUUCUGAGCUUUGCGACCUUGAGCUAUCACUCAAUGCAUUCCAUGGCACGAUACCGCAGAGCCUUGGAGCCUUGCAGAGCCUCUUGCGGCUCAUACUGACCGUCAAUCGACUCGAAGCCAGGAAUCCUAGUGACUGGAGCUUCAUUAAAGCACUGACCAACUGCACCAGUCUCCAAGUGUUGGCACUAGGACACAAUCAACUUCAAGGCACACUGCCCAAAUCACUAGUCAAUCUUUCCACUAGUCUUAAUGUUUUGGUAAUCGCCAACAACCAAAUAUCAGGAAUUAUACCUACUGAGAUUGAGAAGCUCAUCAAUCUAACUAUUCUUGCCGUGAAUGGUAACGACCUUCGAGGCACCGUUCCCAUAGAAAUCAGUCAUCUUUCGCAAUUACAGUACUUGGAUCUGUCGAACAACAUGCUUUCAGGCGAAAUUCCUCCCACUUUGGGCAACCUAACACGAAUGGACAAGCUCUAUCUUGGCAACAAUGAAUUUGAAGGAGCCAUUCCGCUGACAUUAAGCAACCUGUUAAUGCUAGAGUUGUUAGAUCUAUCAAAUAAUAGGCUAAGUGGUAGUAUUCCUAAAGAAGUUUUGACCCUUUCAUCACUCACAAUCUUCCUUGACUUGUCGCAUAAUUUACUGAACGGUUCAUUACCGUUGGAAGUGGGCAACUUGAUAAAUAUCUGGGGUGUUAAUCUCUCAAAUAACAGGCUCUCUGGUGAGAUUCCAGACACCAUCGGCAAAUGCGUCAUCUUGGAAAAUCUUUAUUUAGAGAAUAACUUAUUUCAAGGAUCCAUUCCUCCCUCCAUCAGCAAUUUAAGAGGGCUUGAGGAGCUUGAUCUCUCAAAAAACUUCUUUUCAGGCCAAAUACCGGCAUUCCUAGAUGAGCUCCCGGAUCUACACUACUUAAAUCUCUCCUUCAACAGUUUUGAGGGCCGAGUGCCGAUGAAAGGGGUCUUUAAGAAUGCGAGCGAAGUUUCGCUUAUCGGAAAUAGUAAACUCUGCGGCGGAAUUCCAGAAUUACACUUGCUGAAAUGCACUUCAGAUGCCUUUGCAACAAAACAUCACUCUGAUUAUAAACUAUUUUGUGUUUGA